GCAGCAGGGAAAGGUCCACAAAACUUUGUAGAGGGAGAGGGGGGAGGAGGAGGACUGUGGCCUCCCUCAGAGACACCAUGAGGAAACAGACAUGUUCAAGCUAGAUCAACUGAUCCUGAAUAAACACACUUGGGAUUGGCCACAGAUGCCACACUGUCACCAGGGAGCACGCUAACCUUGAGAGACUGGAGCCUCCCACCCUGCUGUUUCCAGAACCCCAAGCCAGGCGUGUCCAGGUCACCACAGCACAAUGGAAAAAACCCCCCUCGUCUGUGACUAUGGUUCUGGCUUCAGUAAGGUGGGCUUUUCAGGAACUCAGGCCCCCCAGGCUGUCUUCCCCACCAUCCUCGGGAAAAUGAAACAUACCAAUGUGCUAGAGGGGUUGGGAGAACAAGACUGGUUCAUUGGAGCUGAGACCCAGACUAAUCGAACAGAACUGAAUAUGUACUACCCCAUCUCCCGAGGAGCCAUCACCAACUGGGACAAUGUAGAGAAGAUUUGGCAUUACUCCUUCUACCACUCCCUCCAAAUUGCCCCUGAACAGCACCCUAUCCUGAUAACAGAGGCACCAUUAACGAGCAAGGAAGCUAAAUCCAGAAUGACUCAGGCACAGGGCCAAGGCAUGAUCUGCACAUCUCAGAGGCCACUUAGAUCUGGAAACAGCAUUUCUACCCAUCAUGGUGCAGAAAACUAGAUUGAGUAUGAGCCAGCAAGCAUUGUUCCUCCCUGGUUCCUGCCCUGAUGCGUGGCUCCUCAUGAACUUCCCUCAUGGUGAACCGUGACCAGCAAGUAUUCACCAACAAAACCCUUUCCUCCCUGAGGCUGCUUUGGUCAGAGUGUCUUUAUCACAGCCACAGAAUGAAGCUAGAACAGCCACUUCACAGCAGAGCCAGCUAGAGAUGGCCGCUGCCCACCCCAGGCUUAGUCUCCCUGAAUCCACAGCCUGCUGCAAGAUGUACUCCUGAGCACGGGGGCAGUGUGUGCCACCUGGCCAGCCAGCAUGCCAAUCUUCCUCCCCAGAUCCUAUUCGAAACCUUCAACUUCCCCGCCCUGUACACAGCUAAUCAAGCCGUCCUCUCCCUUAUCGCUUCUGGCAGAACCUCUGGAACAGCUAUUGAAUCUGGAGAUGGGAUGACCUACUUCGUGCCUGUCAUGAAUGGCUAUCCUUUGCACUUGUCAACCACCAAGCUGGACAUAGCUGGCCAAGACCUGACUCUAUACCUCAUGAAACUGUUGUCAGACAAUGGGAAUGUGUUAGAGACCAUAGCUGACCUCGAGUACAUCCGAGACCUGAAAGACAAAUACAGCUAUGUGGCACUGGACUACAACAUGGAGAUGUCAAAAACUUCAGCACCAUCCUUCCAGAAGAAAUUCACACUGCCAGAUGGCAAGGAAAUCAACCUAGGGCAAGAGGCUUUCAUGUGCUCAGAGGUGCUCUUCGACACCAGCCUCCUGGAGAGAGCCAACCCAGGGAUCCACAUGCUCACCCUGGAGAGCAUCAUGUCCUGUGAGAAAUCCCACCAGAGGACUCUAUUCAAUUAUAUCGUACUGACUGGUGGCACCAGUGCCUGUACUGGCCUACGAUUCCGGAUGCAGAAAGAGAUGGCAAAGGUGGUCUCUCCAGACUUCUGUGUGAAGGUAACUGCCUCUCCAUAUGCCAAGUAUAGUGCCUGGAUAGGUGCCUCCAUCUUGUCUUCCCUCCCUCUGUUCAAGGACAUGUGGAUCACAAACCAUGAGUAUUUGGAAAUUGGCCCUUCUGUCAUAUUUAGAAGAUGCUUCUGACUGGUGGAUUUUGGGUUCCAUCACCUGAGCCAACAUCAUCAUGCCUAGGCUGGGCCUUAGCCAUACUGAGCAGGGCAUAAUCAAAACAAGCUCAGAGCAAGGCCUCCUUUCUCCUGAAGGACAGUAAAAGUGUGUAACAAGGGC